UGACGCAUGCGCAGAAGCGCGGGACGGGCAGAUCGUUUCAAGUCAAGAUGGCGACAUCGGAGCCGAAAACAGCUGAGAAAACAGCUGAGAAAACAGCUGAAACUGAAGAUCAACCGACAACUGACACUCAGGUUGUUGCAAAUCCUGAAUCGGAUAUCAAACAUCCUCUGCAGAACAGAUGGGCCCUGUGGUAUUUCAAAAAUGACAAGAGCAAAAGCUGGACGGAGAACCUGCGUCUUAUUUCCAAGUUUGACACAGUGGAAGACUUUUGGGCAUUAUACAACCACAUACAGCAACCAAGCAAACUUGGCUUUGGCUGCGACUAUUGCUUAUUUAAGGAUGGGAUCAAGCCCAUGUGGGAGGAUGACAGGAACAAGCUUGGUGGUCGAUGGUUAAUGACACUCAACAAACAACAGAGGCACAACGACCUUGAUCGUUACUGGAUGGAGACGCUCUUGUGUUUAGUUGGCGAGUCAUUUGAUGAGGCGAGCGAAGACGUAUGUGGAGCUGUGGUCAACGUCAGACCUAAAGGUGACAAAAUAGCCAUCUGGACGAGCAAUUGCCAAAACAGGGAUGCCAUCAUGACGAUAGGGCAACUUCACAAAGAGCGUCUGAACCUCCCCCUGAAAGCCAUGAUCGGCUACCAGUCACAUGACGACACAUCCAGUAAGAGCGGAUCCACCACCAAGAACAUGUAUUCCGUUUGAGAAACUUCCCCCUCAUUUCAACUCUCUGUAGAUUUAAACAAUUACCAUUCUGCAUCAUCACAUUAACUUUUGAGUUGUCGACUACUGUAGUGUCCUUUCCUUUUAUUGCUAAGAGAAUUGUCUAUAGUGCAUACAGUUGGAGCUCCCCCAAACAAAAGAAGUCGGGGGAGCGACAGAUUUAAAAAUGGAGGAGGCUGAAACAUGGAGGAGUACCUGGUUGGCGAACAUGAGCGAAAGAAUAUACUUGAUUUUCUUUUAGAGUUGAGGAGUUCUGUGAUUGUUAUCAGUAACUUCCCAUAGCUUAACUGAGAGCAGAUUUGUCUCCGUACUGAAUGGCUUAGAGUAGGAAAAAAAAAUCCUAAAGUAUAAGGCCUUGUGUUUUUCUUAUGCUGAGUUCUCCUUAAAAAAAAAAAAAAGUUUCUAUCUUCACAGGAUACGAUCGUAGGUAAUUUAUCCUUACACAGAACAUGUUUUAAGGGCAAUUUUAACUUGAUUUGUCCAGAAGUGUUAAGCAUGAGGCGGGCUUUCUGAUGCGCCAGCUUGAAGAUUUUGCAGUAUCUUAAAGGUUUUGUAAAAGGUGUGGUCCAGCUUAUUGUUUCAGCCAUGCUGGAAUUAUGAGAAUACUGCUUGUAGUACUUUUUGAACUUUUCCCCACUCUUCACUUACAUUUAUUUAUAAUGUAUGCAUUGCAGUUACUUAUUUGAAAAACAACCAUGAAACAUUUUGCCUUUUCUUUUUUGUGUUAGUUAACAAUGUGGACUACUGCAUAGAGAUGACUCUUUUUUUUUCUAUUUUUUUUCCUUUUUUUAUUUACAGUGUAUCAUACAGUAAAGAUUCUGACAGAAUUAGAUGUGCUUUUCACUGUUUUCUUUCUAACAGAAACUGUAGAUACGUUCGCACUCCUCUCGGUUGAUGCGAAAGAAAGAUGAUAUUCAUUGUGAAAUGAUUUUGCUCAUAAUGUAUCUUUAUUAUCUGUAAUUCCAGGAUGUAUAUUACCUUCUUUCAAGUAAAGGUUAAGUGCUUUGCAUUAAAACCAGAGCCAUGUUGUCA